AUGGCCUUUACGUGUGCCGUUUUCGUACUCUUUCUCAUUUACAACAUUCUUUCCUCUACACAUACACAUUUACAUCCACUUUUACAGAUCUAUUUGUCAUCGUCCAGCGCUGUACGAAUACGUAUUUUACCACGUGCUGUAACAUAUUUGAACAACAUUGGAGCUGAAAUAUUAAAUAAACAAUUACCACGUUUAUCUAUACCAAAUGUUAAACAACGUAUCAACAAUGGUCAAGGACACAUUUUACUAUCACGUAUACGUGUAUCACGAUAUAAGCAAGCUACUCAACAUACCAUUUCUACAUCAGCACCAAAUAAAAUCACUUGGGUUAUGAAAAAUUUAAAUAUGGGGUUAAUAGGAAGUUUAUCAGGAGAAGUCAAUAUAUUGGUACCGAUGAAACUUGAGGGUGAAGCUGAAAUAUUAGCAUAUGGUGUUAAUUUUCAAUUAGAAAGCGCCCUAGAACGAUCAGAAACAGGAGCAGCGCAAGUGUCAACAGUUUCUUGUCGUACGAAUAUUCAAUUAAUGAAUAUUGAAAUUUAUAACGGUGGUAUGACUGGAAUAGCACUGAAUUUAUUCAAGCAAGGAAUAUCGGAGCAAAUUCGUUCAUUGAUUGAAAUAUUAAUUUGCAAAAAAGUAACCGAAUUUAUUAACGAAGAUUUCAAUGAGAAAUUGCUACAAACUCAAACAAAAACAUCGCUAGAAGAUGCAACACUUAUCAAUACCUUCGCUGCAAUUGUUGGAAUGCCUAACAGUAAAGAAUUGAUCGAAACCUUUCAAGCAUUUAAUAUUAGUGUUAGUUAUCCACUUUUUGAACAACUAAUUUCCAGGAUUUAUGUUGACUUCAGAUUAAAUGAAGAUCCAAUAUGUUACAAGAAUACUGUAGAAAUAUCUAAUGUGGGCGAAAUUUCACUCAUGGGAGAUACCACGAAAAAAACUCCGUUCAGUGCUGCACCGAUGUUUUGGCCGAAAAAAUCUACAGAAAGUGCAAUGAUACACUUACUUAUAUCCGAUUAUAUUGCCAACGCACUACUUUAUCAUGCUUUCUCGGAACAUUUGUUGCGGUUUGUCGUGGACGAUCAGACAAUUUCAUCUUUAAGCCCAUUGCUCCGUACCUCCUGCACAACUGGCAUUUGUUUAGCUGAUUUGAUACCCCAGAUAGCUGAACAGUAUCCAGAUAGCAAAGUGCGACUCAUUUUCACGCCUACCCGAGCUCCUGUAGUGCUAUUUCAAGCGAAACAGGGCGGUUCAUUAAUGGUUAAUAUAAAUGGUUUGGUAUUCAUGUACAUUGUAGAAUCCAAUCAAGCAAGCCGUCAAGCGGCAGCAUUUGCUUUGGAUAUUGUUGCGAACGUACAUUUACACGUGGAGAACAACACAUUACUUGGUAAGACAUCGGUGGACAGCUUUCGAUUGAAGAACAAAUAUGGAUACAUUAAUAUAAGUGAUGAUGAAUUAUCCGACGUUGCAUUAUUAAGUUCCGAAAUGCUUCAACAUUUCAUUAACGAUUUUCUACGUGGCGGAUUUCCGAUACCAAUACCCAAAGUUCUACGGAUAAACAACACUCAACUACAAAUCCUUGAUCGGAGUGUUUUCAUAUCCGCAGACUUCGCUUUAGAUCGAAGGCGUGUAAGCAACCUCGCAUUAGAAGCAUUGGCAAAUACCAAAUAUUUCCCGCGUAAUAUACGUGCCUGA